AACCAGUGCCUAUUGCAUUAUCCCAUCUGUCAAUUAUACACUCAGAUGCCUCCAAAAAAAGCUUUAAUUAAAGCAGACUCUGAGCAUUGGCCAAUUCGAUUCCCCAACGCCUCAAACAUGUUCCCCUUCUUCUUCUUCCUCCUUUUCUGUCUUCUGAACAGAGCCACGGCCGCCGGAAAUGAGCUCCGGCCGGGCUUCUACUCGGAAACAUGCCCACAAGCCGAAUCCACUGUCCGAGAAGUGAUCAUGAAGGCCAUGGUCACAGACCCACGAAGCGGCGCCUCUGUCAUGCGCCACCAGUUCCAUGAUUGCUUUGUUAAUGGUUGUGAUGCUUCUAUGUUACUGGAUGAUACGCCAACCAUGCUUGGGGAGAAACUGUCUCUGUCCAAUAUAAACUCUCUGAGAUCUUAUGAAGUGAUUGAUGAAGUCAAGGAUGCUGUGGAGAAGGUUUGCCCAGGAGUGGUUUCGUGUGCCGAUAUCAUAAUCAUGGCCGCUAGAGAUGCUGUUCUACUGAGUGGAGGACCUUUUUGGGAUGUGAAGCUAGGAAGAAAGGAUAGCUUAACAGCCAGCCAAGAGGAUUCCAACAACAUCAUGCCAAGCCCAAGAGCAAAUGCAACUACGCUCAUUGAUCUCUUCAGAAAAUUCGAUCUCACUGUCAUAGAUCUUGUAGCCCUCUCGGGAUCGCACUCUAUCGGUAAUGCCCGAUGCUUCUCCAUAGUUUUCCGCCUCUACAAUCAGUCGGGAACUGGGAAGCCCGACCCCACCAUUGAGCCAAAGUACAGAAAGAAGCUGGACAAGCUUUGCCCCCUCGGCGGCGAUGGGAACGUGACCGGAGACCUUGAUGCAACGCCCCAUUUAUUCGAUAACCAGUAUUUCAAGGACUUGGUCGCUGGGAGAGGGUUUCUCAAUUCUGAUGAAACUCUAUUCACAAACCCGAAAACGAGAAAAUAUGUCAAGUGGUUUAGCCAAGAUCAAUAUGGGUUUUUCAAAGCCUUCGUCAAGGGGAUGAUAAAGAUGGGUGACUUGCAAUCCGGUCGGCCCGGGGAGAUUAGAAGGAAUUGCAGGGUGGUUAAUAGCAGGAAAGAUGGAAAGUUGAUGUUAACAUUGCAGUGAAAGUACAGCUGCUUCAAGCCAUUGCUUCUGUCCAACUGCUUUGGACAUAGUUGCUCUGCUAUGUCCUUGUUUUCAGAUUUUUCAAAAUGAUAUUUGCAAUUGCAGCUGAAGGGGAGAUGGUGACGGGCAAUUUGAUAAACCAAGGACAAAAUUCAUGGAUGAGGUCCCCCACUACAUCUAGUAUUGGCAGACUUUGUUUUGGCUCUUAGUAUCAUAAGAAAACACCCAUCAUUUUCUUUUGUCUUUGAACUUCUGUUUUUUUUUCUUUUUUCAAAGGGUAGUACUAUUCCCACGAAUCGCUCUCCAUCUCUUGAUUUUUUUGUUACUUUGUAUGUAACAUAUAUCAAAAGGUUUUUCUCAUUAAGAAAA